AUUAAAAAAAAGAAAACUUUUAUUUGUGAUGUUACCUAACUUCCGCUCCGACUUUUAAUUUGAAAGUUCUCUCGCCUUUCAUCAGUGACGUUUCCGUGUUUUCCAAUACUCGUUUUAUCCCAAAUAGCUUCACGUUGAUACGAAGUGCACUACAUAGAGCUCACGCGAGUAAAGUAUUAAUCAUCAAAAAAAAAAUUUCAGGCGGAUUUGGAAAUGUUUUAUUGUAUUUUUAGUUUAUAAAUUACUCGCUUAAUUAAAUGCAUCAUUAACUGGAUAUUAAGCGCGCGCGUGAGCUGAGAACGCUUGGGGUGUAGGGCGCCUAAAGAGGACACGGUAAGCGAUUUGGGAUGCUGCCUUGAUCACUGACAGCGUAGUGGUUGUGAGGGUACCAGCGGUGCCAAGAAGGUCACCAUUAUAUUGUCAGCGUGCGCUUUAACGGUCAGCAUGAGCUCGAGCUCCGGACCGGGAGACAGAACGGUGCUUCCGGUUACCGCCGAGUCUCCGGUUCGUAGCGUCCCAAAGACGUGGAGCAUAAGGAGACUCUUCAGCCACGUGCGGGUGGAGAACCUGGUCGCCGGCCUGAGUGGAGGCGUGGUGUCCACCAUGGUGCUGCACCCCCUUGAUCUGGUUAAAGUCAGAUUUGCAGUGAGCGAUGGACUGCAGCUGAGGCCGAAGUACCACAGCAUUUCACACUGCAUGAGGAGCAUCUGGCAGAAGGAGGGACUCCGGGGCUUGUACCAAGGGGUCACACCGAACGUCUGGGGCGCAGGAGCGUCAUGGGGGCUUUAUUUCUUCUUUUAUAAUGCAAUCAAGGCGUAUAUCAAGGAGGGCCGUCAGACUGAACUGAGUCCCACAGAACACCUGGUGUCUGCCGCAGAAGCAGGAGCGAUGACUCUCUGCCUCACAAACCCGAUCUGGGUGACAAAGACACGCCUGGUUCUGCAGUACAGCUCUGAUCCCAGCCAGAAGCUCUACAAGGGCAUGGUGGAUGCGCUGGUGAAGAUCUACCGGCAGGAAGGAGUCCCGGGACUCUAUCGGGGCUUCGUUCCCGGGCUUUUCGGGACGUCUCACGGAGCUCUGCAGUUCAUGGCAUAUGAGGAGCUGAAGAGAGACUACAACAAAUACAGAAACAUGCAUUCAGACGCCAAACUGAAUCCAUUAGAGUACAUCACAAUGGCGGCUUUGUCUAAAAUCUUCGCCGUGGCAACCACAUACCCGUACCAGGUGAUCCGAGCUCGCUUGCAGGACCAGCACACGAGAUAUAACGGCAUGAUGGACGUCAUGCGCAGGACAUGGAGGAACGAAGGAGUUCUGGGCUUCUACAAAGGCAUGGUGCCCAACCUGAUCCGGGUAACGCCGGCCUGCUGCAUCACCUUCGUGGUGUACGAAAAAGUGUCCCGUUUCCUCCUGGACCAGCAUAAAUGAGAAGAAGAAUGCGAGAGGCUGAGAGGCGGUCACAGCAAGACAGACAGGGAUGCCGGUUCAGGACUGAGCAUGAGGUCUCGCUGGAUCCUGUCACAAACCAGAGCACCGAGACCACCAGACGAGUGGAACAAGGGAUCUCGUGACGCAGAUGUGAUGUGGAAUCUUGUACAAACAGAAACUGGUGCUGCUCAGAGUUUACAUGGCAAGAUGCCUUGCAAAGACUGUGUGUGUGUGUGUGUGUGUGUGUGUGUGUGUGUGUGUGUGUGUAUACAGACAAGAUAGGAAACAGAACUGAAUCAAUUCCAAAUAAACCCAAAAGGGACGGUUUAGCAAGAAAAA